UUUAACUCUGUCCUAGCAACACGGAGCGAAUUGGACUUGAAUACGGCACCUGGCUGUGUAUGUGGGGAAGCCAAGCUGGAUCAAGAGGUGGGCGAGCAGCGGGGAGGAUGGAGGCGCGAGAGAGCAGCUUAGGGUCGAGGUAAAACUGAGCAUCAUCUUAUUUUUUUUAAUCCAUCACUGAGUGAAGAAUCAGCCAACAACAUCCUGCUCCGUUCCAAAAAGAAAAUCAUGAUUGAAUGAAAACAACCUGCCACAAACAGGAGAAGCACAAAAGAGAAAGAGAUGGCCAAAUUGACAGAGUCGAUGACUAAUGUACUUGAAGAAGACUCAAUGGAGCAGGACGUGGAGAGCCCUGUCACGAUUCAGCAGCCAAAGUUGCCCAAACAAGCUAGAGAGGAUCUUCCAAAACACAUAAGCAAAGUAUGUACCAAGAGAAAAAUUCAGAGGUAUGUUAGGAAAGAUGGGAAAUGCAACGUACACCAUGGGAACGUGAGAGAGACUUAUCGUUAUCUGAGUGAUAUCUUCACUACCUUAGUCGACCUCAAAUGGAGGUUCAACCUUUUGAUUUUUGUCAUGGUUUACACUGUGACGUGGCUCUUCUUUGGAAUGAUCUGGUGGCUAAUUGCUUACAUCCGAGGUGAUAUGGAACAUAUAGGAGACAAUACGUGGACCCCAUGUGUCAGUAACCUCAAUGGGUUUGUCUCGGCCUUUUUAUUCUCAAUAGAGACAGAAACCACCAUCGGGUAUGGUUACCGGGUCAUCACGGACAAAUGUCCCGAGGGAAUUAUUCUGCUUUUAGUUCAGUCUGUUUUAGGUUCUAUUGUCAAUGCUUUUAUGGUUGGUUGCAUGUUUGUGAAAAUAUCCCAGCCCAAGAAGAGGGCAGAAACCCUGGUUUUUUCUACCAACGCAGUCAUUUCCAUGCGGGAUGGGAAGCUGUGCCUGAUGUUCCGAGUAGGGGACCUUAGGAAUUCACACAUUGUGGAGGCAUCAAUACGAGCCAAGUUGAUCAAAUCUAAACAGACAAAGGAGGGGGAAUUUAUACCACUCAACCAGACAGAUCUCAACGUAGGUUAUUACACAGGGGAUGAUCGUCUCUUUUUGGUUUCACCACUGAUCAUCAGCCAUGAAAUUAACCAGCAGAGUCCUUUCUGGGAGAUUUCCAAAGACCAAUUGCCCAAAGAGGAACUAGAAAUUGUUGUAAUUCUAGAAGGCAUGGUGGAGGCAACAGGAAUGACAUGCCAAGCGCGAAGUUCUUAUGUAACCAGUGAGAUCCUGUGGGGUCAUCGUUUUACACCUGUCCUCACGCUGGAGGAUGGAUUUUAUGAAGUUGACUACAACAGCUUUCAUGAAACAUAUGAGACCAACACACCGUCUUACAGUGCCAAAGAACUGGCAGAGAUGGCCAGCCGAGCAGAACUGCCCCUGACUUGGUCUGUGUCCAGCAAACUAAACCAGCAUGCUGACCUGGAAACUGAAGAGAGGGGAAAGAACCACGAAGACCAAACCGAAAGGAAUGGUGACGUGGCAAACUUAGAGAAUGAAUCCAAAGUUUGAACCAGCAGAGGUUCACCACACAACCUCUUUUUUCUUUUUGAUCCUUCCCUUUUUUUAUGAUGAUGACAAGAAAAG